AUGAGUCUUUGGCUUUCUAAAGCGACGGUGGUCGCCCGUCAAUUAAGUCUUUUAUCCCUGCGGGAACAGCUUCCAAACCGAAGCCUUGCAGUUGUGGCGUCAGGCAAUCAGGUCGUUCGAUCGUUCGCGGCCAAGGGCGGGAAAAAGAAAAUUUCCGGUGCGAAGAAAAAUAGCCAGAAUGAACUGCGCAAUAGCAACUCAUCCAAAGAGUUCCCCAGGGAAGGCGAAGCUGCUACCUUACAGCAUCAAACUUGGGUGAAUUUUCAAAAGUCUAUUUCGGUCGAAGGCUUUGAAACGGGGCAGACAGUGGUCGUCAAAUCGACCAAGAAAACCCGCGGUGGCCAAGCAGCUCGCCGUCGUUCGAAGAUGUCGAGCUUUGAAGCCAAGUUGCAGGAGCGGAAGCGUUUCACGGAUGUCGGGGGUGGUCGUCUUCCACCAAUGCGGUACUCUGAAGAGGAAACGGAGCGGCUUUUGACAGAGGCUUACGCGAACCUUCCGGAACGAGCAGGGAAACGGGGUACACGGAACCUCAAGCGCCAAGCCAACCGGUGGCAUUUAGUCCGAAAGAUUCGCAAAAAGUACAAACACAACCUCGCCAAUUUCCAAAUACGCAAGAUGGAGAAGCGAUCGGACACGAUCAAACAAGUCAAGAAAGUUUUAGCGGACUCUCCCGCUAUCCAGCAGCGCGAUCGAGACUAA